AUGACUAAAGUUUUGCUUACCGGUGCCUCUGGAUUCGUUGCUAUCCACACUCUUGAAGCCCUUCUGACCCGCGGCUUCGUUGUUAAAGCCACUGUGCGCUCACAGGAAAAAGGCCACUACUUGCUUAACAAGUUCCCUGGGAAACCUCUUGAAAUUGCAAUUGUCGAGGACAUUCAAGCUCCCAAUGCUUUUGAGAAUGCGCUCAAGGACUCUGCUAUCACAGCCGUCAUUCAUACAGCAUCACCCUUCUUUGCUGCCAAAAACGAUCCUCUUAAGGAACUCCUGGAUCCGGCAGUCAAGGGCACUAAAAAUGUGCUUCAGGCAAUCAAGACUUUUGCCCCGCAAGUCUCCACUGUAGUGGUCACAUCAUCAUAUGCUGCCAUCUCUAACGUAACCAAGCGCACCGACCACAGCUUUGUCCACACAGAAGCCACCUGGUCUGAAAUUACAUGGGAGCAGGCAAUCUCUGACUUGAAUCUCUCAUACCGUGCAAGCAAGAAAUUUGCCGAGCGUGCACUUUGGGACUUUGUUGCUGAGGAAAAGCCAAACUUUACUGCCACCACCGUCAACCCACCUUUGGUUUAUGGCCCUGUUAUUCAAGAUGUUACCUCUCCUGAGAAACUUAAUACGUCCAACGCCAUUUUGUGGAAAAAUGUUAUUGAAUCAACUCCUGGAGACACCUCCGAUUCGUAUGCCAAUGAUGCGGCCCUUUGGGUUGAUGUUCGUGAUGUUGCUCUUGCUCACGUCCUGCCUCUCGAAAAACCAGAAUUGGCUGGCAAACGCUUGUUUGUCACUCCCGGCUUCUGUUCCACUCAGUCUAUCCUUGAUGUACUAAAUGAAAAGUUUCCCGCGCUUAAGGGCAAAAUCGCAGUGGGCCGUCCAGGCACUGGCGACAAGCAGUUGCCCGAGUUGUACCAGUACGAUAACCACGUUACCAAUGAUCUUCUGGGCAUCAAAUACCACACACUCGAAGAAUCUAUGAUUGACACUUUCAAGUCUCUUGUGAAUCUCCGUCCCAAAAGCUUUUUGUAA